UGCUGUUCGGAUGUAUCCAAAUUUUCUGUAUGUUUCAUGUGGUUAGAUAUUUCGCCAAGGUCUCGGAGCUCUCCAGUCCGAACCCCGCCAGCUUCAACUAUGAUAAGCAGGGCAAGGACUGGCAGGUGCAGCCUGGCAAGCAACAAUCUCCCAUUGCCUUGGUGCAGAGUGAAGCACUUCGUUACGAGGGUCCUCAGUUGGUGUUUUUCAAUUACACGAAACCCUUGUACAAUCCUUACGUGACCAACAAUGGGCACACGAUACGCAUGGACAUAUCGGCCACAAUCGAGAAGCAGAAUCCCGCACUCGCUGGCUGCAAUCUGGAAACGGUUUAUCUGGCGCAGCAGCUGCACUUCCACUGGGGCUCCGAGCGGAGCCAGGGAUCGGAGCACACCAUAGACAGCCAGCGGUACGACGGGGAGCUGCACAUUGUCCACAAGAACAUCUCCUACGAGAGCAACCAGGAGGCAGUACAUCAUCCAGAUGGCUUUGUGGUGCUGGCGGUAAUGCUGCGCUGCUCGGAGGUUCCCCAAGUGGAGUCGCCGGCGGUGAAUGAGAUUUGCAAAGAGGUGAAGCUGCUCCCCAAGUGCUACGAUUCCUCACUGCUGAAGGCUGAAAUAUCAAUGGAAGAUCUCUUUGCUGGCAUCGAUAUGGACAAGUUUUUCACCUACAAAGGCUCGCUUACCUCCCCGCCCUGCUGGGAGACAGUCGAUUGGUUUGUCUUUCCGGAUGCUCUGGACAUACCCAAGGAGAUUUGGCAGAACUUCUGGCAGCUGAAGGAUCGUCGAGGCAGGCGUCUCAUCAACACGUAUCGCGACAUGCAGGCUUCCAACUCACGUCCUGUGUAUCUCUGUAAAUUGUAAAAUGUGAAUUAUACAUUUUGAAAAGUGCAA